UAGCGGCGGGUCUGUCCGUUGGACGUCUGGACGGACAUAGACUCAGACCAGCGGCCAACGUUAAUUCAUCCUCCGCUCUUAGAAUCGAACUCUCAUUAAUAAUUUAAUAAAUCAUGACGCUUAAAGGGGCUGUGUUGGGUGAGCCUCGGGUCCAACCUUGGUGAUUUAACCAUGGUAACUAAAAGGAAGAGGGCUUCGGCUACCACAUAAAGUCAGUUGACAAACUGUGGCGGACGUUAACGGAAGAAUGGACGGAGUGAAAACUGGCCCUCAACAGGACUGAACCUCCCGCCCGGGUCUCCUCGGGCUCCAUGUCACCCUCCUCUCCGUGCCAGAUGCCCCAGCGGGGCGAUGGCUGCUACAAGCCGGCACCGGUGUCCCCUGCUCCGCCUGUGCCCCCGCGGAGGGUCCGGAGCCGGGACAGAGGCUCGGGCAGGACGCGGCGAUCCGCGGCAGGGUCAGCGGGAGCCGGAGCAGCGGAGAAGCGGGUGAAGUGCGUCCUGGUCGGGGACGGGGCUGUGGGGAAAACCAGCCUGGUGGUCAGCUACACCACCAACGGCUAUCCAACCGAGUACGUCCCGACUGCGUUUGACAACUUCUCAGCGGUGGUAUCAGUGGACGGGCAGCCAGUUAAACUACAACUCUGUGACACAGCUGGACAGGAUGAGUUCGACAAGCUGCGCCCUCUGUGUUACACCAGUGCAGAUGUGUUCCUGCUGUGCUUCAGCGUCGUCAGCCCUGCCUCAUUUCAGAACGUUCCUGAGAAGUGGGUACCAGAGAUUCGGAAACACGCCCCCUUUGCGCCGCUGGUUCUUGUCGGGACGCAGUGUGAUCUCAGAGAGGAUGUCAAGGUCCUCAUUGAUCUGGCGAAGUACCGUGAAAGACCCGUGGACCCAGUGGAUGCCCAGGACUGUGCGAUGGAGAUUGGAGCAGUGGCCUACUUAGAGUGCUCUUCGCUGACCCAAAAAAAUCUCAAGGAAGUGUUUGACACAGCCAUAUUGGCCAGCCUGCAGAACUACAGCUCCCAUAAGCACCAAAGGGGGAAAAAGAAACGCAGAAAAAAGCAAAGACAGACACCGGACAAGAUGAAAAGUCUGUCAAAGUCGUGGUGGAGAAGGUACUGUUGUGUGGCUUAGAGGAGACUUUAUUCUUGUCUGAUUCAGCUGGGUUUUAGUUGACAAGCACAGAAAGGUGGUUUUCUCUUUAAAAGGAGACGGAUACAGGACCUCUCCUGGACUGCGGCUGGGAAGUGUCACAGAUGUAAAAUAUUUUGUUUUUAGCCCCCAUUCUGGAUUCUGGAUGAGAUUUACUACUGAGCCUCCCUGCAGGAGAAGGUGGUGCUGUGUCUCCUGGAAUUAAACUGGCAUGAACCAGUUCUAUUGUGGGACUAGCAGAAGAUGUGAUAAUAUUGUUCAGGAUUAGACUGGUACAGAUUUGAACAGGAACUUGGAACUGUGUUUUCUCUGGAGUUAGAUCCAACCUAUAAUGGAUUUAUGCAGCCUGGUUACGAACCCUGGAGGGGAACUGGACUGUCUUCAGAAUAUAAUUGUUAUUAUUGGUGGCUUAAAAACUGUGCGUCCAAUUCCUGGUCCUUUUUUUAACUUGCUUCUAAAUUUAGUCUGGUUUCAGAUGCCCAUGAUUAGAAAGAACUGCUAACUGAAAUAGACCGGACCAGACCAAACGUUGUCAUUUUGGAGUUUCUGACCCAGACAAUGAUCAGUGGCUAUAAUUAUAGUCAGAACAAGUCCAACCCUCAGUUAAUUUUAGAGCUGCUUUUUAUAACUGGGGCCAUUGUUAUUCAUAAUGAAAAAAAAACAACUUUAUUAAACUGUUAAGUAUUUCCUGGUGACACACAUGUUUAGUCUAUAACCUGGAUCAGGUUUUCCCUUUUUAUUGUAGUGCUGAUCUGGACAAUUAUGCUGUUAGAUCUGGCAUGAAAUUAAGCAUAGUUUUCAGCGUGUCCUGACAGAAAAAGUUUCGGUGAGGCUUAGGUUUUGGAUAGGUGCCAAUCAUGUCUUUCUUCUUGUGCUUUGAUCAAAAGUGAGAUUUCAAAGAAUAAGGAGCCAGAUAAUGAAGAAAAAAUCAUAAUAUGUUAAAAAGCAUGUCUGAAUAUCCACUGCUCUCUAAUAGCAAGUUGUAUCUUUAGUCAAGAAGAUACAACCUGGAUCCAGGGCUCAGUGACCCACUUUGGGUUUCCACUGGUAGCUGUGGUAUUUUAUCAUCUUCAUCUAGCCCCCAUUAUUACUGAAAGACUGAACAAUCUGUUAAAAUAGAGUGGUACCAGUGUGGCGUGGUUAAAUAUAAAUCUCUGCACUGUGCUGGUGAUUGGUGCUUGACCUUAAUCGGGCAGGAGGACAUUUUGUAAUUCAUGAUCGCAUUGUUCCACAAAUGAAAACGUUGCUCAGUGCAGUACUCAAGUGGCUCUUUUCACGUGGAAAUGAAGAAUUCAGUUUAAAACUGAGACAUUCGAAUCUAAAUCAUCUACAGGCACAAGCUGCAAGGCAGGCAAAUAAAAGCCAAUUGAUGUUAGAUAUUUGUUCUGCUUGAUGUGGGUUUGAUUUAUCUUUGCAGACAACCUUAACUAUGAGCACGUAAUGUAAUUAAACCCACCCAGUGCUCUUUGCAUGUGCUUGUUUCUGUAAGUUUGCAAAAAAAAAGAAAAAAAAGAAAGUGACUUCACCUUUUUUUUAAAAUGCAAUUAAGACUGUGAAGUUUGAAUUUUCUACUAGCAAUGUUAACCAUCCGUUUUUCUGCCCUCACUGUUAUAGCCAACCCUGUGUUUACUGUUUUCUGUGAUAGUGCUUGCAGGCUGUCCUCUCUCAAAUAGAUGUAGCUUUAUGUGUUGUAAAGCAGCAAUAAAAACAAAAGUGAAGAUGGAAAACAUGUGGCUGUCACACACUCAGCUGCCACACCUUCCUUCGUACACCAUAGUUACUAAACCGAGAGCACAGACCAGCAGGGUCUGUUUUAUUUUUCUUCAGUGUCUCCGUCUAAAAAGGCCCGUUGUAUUAAAGUCACUGCAGCAGACAGGAAAGAGCACAAUGUUUGUUAUGCCAUUUUGUAGCAUAAAACACAAUUAUUCAUAGAGAUCAGACAUGAACACUGUCAUAGCUGCAUUUCAAAAUUUGGAAGUUUUAUCUAACUUCCCAGUUAAAUGUCAGAAUUUAUUAGAAAAAAAAGAUAAUUAUAUUAUGAAAAACAGAUUUAUUAUUUGACUGACGCAUUUCAGCUUGCGGCCUUCAUAAAACAUAUCACAGACCAGAUUCUAAACAGCACAGAGUAAAGAUAUAUACAAGAGCCAGCAUACAUAUCCACCAAUGAGGCACCAAAAAGGAUGGCCUGGGCAAAUGGUUUAAAGUUCAGGGUCUUAAAAUUGUUUAAAAGAUUUGAUUUAAUGACAUAUUUUCCUUCUUGUAUUGUUAGUGACAUAAAAAUAACUGAGGCUGUGGAUGUGUGAAGUUACAAUGAUAUCAGGCCCAUGUAAGAUGUAACUGACAGGUAUUUUCAACCUUUUUUGGAUUCCUCUUGUAAACAGAAGGUCUGAAAAGUUUGGCAGGUGGGUGGAGCUUCUGUACUCAGAAAUUACCAUAUUAAAGUCAUCAUCUCUCAGUGACAUCAUAAAGAUCCAAGAGUAAAAAAACAGCCUCAGCCUUUGGGCUCACAGGGAUAUCUGAUGUCAUUAUUUGAAAAUUUGCCUGUGUUUAAUACGACCAUCCAUGAGUGUAACAGUUGAUGUAUAACAGAAAAUAAGAAAAAGCAAAACAGAUCAGCUUUAGAAUGGGUUUUACUAGAGCUGCUUGGUAGCUUUAUAUUGAAGAUGUUACAGUGGAGACUGAAUGGUUUCACUGUUUCACGGUGUUUUAGGCUUGAUAGCAAACGCAUUGUUUCUUGCAGGGGAAAAGGCAUAAUAGGUUACUUGUCUUGCUGUUUGUGUGCAGUCUUGGCUGAUGGUGCAGUAAAGUAGGCUAAAGGUCAUGCAGAGUCUUUAUCAUAGCUUGUGUUUCCCUUUAUCAGCUUUUACCUAGUUUAAAUUUUCUGGAAAGUAGGAUGUUUGCUCACUGCAGUCUUUCAGUAAAUAUACUUAAAAAAAAAAAGUAUACCUACUGAAAUACAUUAAAUCAACAUAUUCUUACAUAGGUCUGAGUUGGAUUUGAGGAUAAAUCCUCCUUGAUGAUUUUUUUCUCCUCCUUAUACAUUAAAAUUUGAUUCCAUAAAGUAUGCAAAUUAUGCCACUCUGUUCAUGACUGACUGAUUAAUACGAUAUUACAAUUCAAACUGCUGUCAUGUGAUACAACCUUUAAUGUGUAAGACUGACUGUGCUACCAGAAAACAGCAUAGAUUAAGUUUUACUUCUUUUAGCUGCCCCCUCCCCCCUUUUCCCCCAAGUGUUCAACAGCAGCAUGCACCCUGCACUGUAUGAUGGAUGUAAGGCAUUGCAAUGUAGAACAGAUCGGUCUCGGGAAGUGAGCAGUGUUUAAAGACAGUCAGAGAAGACAUGUGGUGUGCUGGUAUUCUUCUAAAGCUAAGACAGAAAUGUUCUGUGUUUGGAGCAGGUCCAAAGUCAGGAGUUUUAUAGGUGUUAUUGAGCUAUGAGUUUUCAGAGAUGUGGUUGAGUUUAGCUAUUGCAGUAGAUUUGGUGCUGGAACUGGAUUCCAGAGUGACCUAAUUAUCCCUGCUGAGGACACUUAUCAAUAAGUAACUUGUGUAGUGCUAUUGGAUAGCAAGUUAAAGUCAUCCAAUAGGAAAAUGUUUGAGUCAGACUACAACAAGAACUGAUCCUCUGUUUACUUUAGGUCUAAAUGUGCAACUUAAUGCACAUUUAGACCUAACUGAGCACUAAAUGCCCAUGUUGACCUAAUUUCUGAUUGCACAAGACUGCACCACGUGAUUAUGUGAGUGUAAACAGAAGCAUUGCCAAACAGAAGGUCUCAUUUUUGAGGUUCAAUUGUUUUACUGAGGUUGAUACCCCCUAGAGGACACCUGAGCUCACUCACAUGAGACACCAGCUGAAAGCUUCUCUUAGGAAACCAGUCCACUGAGCCUGUGUGAAGCGCCAGUGUUUUCAUUUUCUCUGCAUAUAAAAACACUGCUACAAUUCUCUGUUUAACCGAGGGCUUUGGUUUGUGUUUGAUAUAUUUGUACAGAUGUUUUAUACCCUGAGAAAUAAAGAAUAUUUGGUAUAAAAAUA